GGACACUAAAGAGAAAGAGAAAGUUCAGCUGGGAUAAAAGAGGGACCUUCAGGAACGCAAGCAGUUUUUGUUGGGUGCAAAAAUAUCAGUUAUUAGUGGAGAAAUUCGUAAACAAAGAUCAAAUAUCUCUUUCUCAAUUUCUCUCACCCCAGAUUCGGCACUGAAGCAGUGUCGUCACAGAUUACAUUGCUCUCAGCGAAUCAGAGGGCGCCAUGAUACGUCACCGCUUGCGUAAACGGCCGGGGCGCUGGCUGCAUCGUAGGUAGCAUGGCCGCUGCGUUUGCGUUCGCUGCGAGUUCGGCUUAGGUGUUCGGUGGCCGCGAUGGAUACCGUUGCUGACGCUGAACCUUCCAACGAAGAUCUCGCCAGGGAAGCAGGACUCCAUUUCAGCGACUUCAGUGAAACGGAGCGCGAAAUGAUCAUCCGUGCUCGCGCGGCAGGUGUUUCUGCGUACGAUGGUGAGCCGCCGGCCGCGCCGACGGGAAGCGAAGCCUCGUUUUCGUCGACGGAUUGCGAGCCGUCCGGUUCGCCAGGCGACGAUGUUCCCGACGAUGGCGAAGAACUUCACUCGCGACUCACCAGUACUGACUGGUGUGACUGCGGACACUGCGUGGUCCUGAGCAACUUUACCGAGAGUGAAUGCCUCUGCUGUCGCGAGAUGGGGGACCCUGUCACUGCUGCGCAGCCUGAAGGUUGCAUCACAGCGCACCCCGAGUUCCACACCGUCUGUCUGAAUAUCGCCGUGCUCCGUAUUGCGUACUUCGAGCUGCGGGCGCGCAAUGACUGCAUGGACGAAGACAUCCACAAGUAAAUGAUUUUUACUUGAGGAGAUCGCAUUACCGGCUUCUUUUACAUAGUUUAAAAAGAAUUUCAUUGCUGUACGAGGCCGCUAUUAUUUCGUCACCAAGGUAAUCUGCUGCUUUACAUCUGGUGCAAUAUUCUAUUUGGCCUGGCUAGCGAGGUGCAUGCAUCACCUUGGGUAAAAUUUUUCCAAAGCCAGGACUCGGGUUGUGUGGGUCAGCGCAGCUCUAAACUGCUGCAUACACCAGCAUAAAUCGAACUGUAGCACUGUGGCUAGUGUGUCUUCAAAAGAUUUCACUUAUCAAUUUGUGUUUUCACAUUUUAUUACUACAGGAGGUACCGCUACACUGCCUACAGGCAGUUCGUCCGCUGGCUUUGGGGUCGUCUUGGCAAAGGUCAU